UCGCAGUUCCUUUAACAGUUUAGCAAGAACGUUACCAUUCACAAUUGUCCCAAUAUACAAAAAAAACAAGACCACGAAGAAUCAACGAUGAUUUCGUAAAACAAAAGAAGUAACUCAGCAAUUGGCAUGAAUAUGUCUUUAUAAUAAUUCUUCGGAUAGAGUAAAAGAAAGCUUUUCCUUUUUUUUUAACAAAAGAUACCACCUGCCACUAAGUACAAGUUAUAACAACACUUUAAUGUGCUUUAAUUAAAUCCUAACGGAGUAUGGACAGGUUCUUUUGCCGUUUCUGUUUUUGGUUUUUGUAUUCGGUUUUCCGUACUGGUUGACAACACUUCAGUUGUAUUCCUAUGCACUAUUAAGUAGUGAUCUUUUCUUCGUUGAUAUAACGCCCAUAAAAUGGACUCCGAACAAGUGAACUACGUAGUAUGGCGCUACUUAAAAGAGUCUGGUUACGAUAAUACUGCUUACGCUUUUGAUUAUGAAACAAAAAUUGAACAGGCCGACAGAAAAUGGAAUGAAUCUUGUCCCACAGGUGCAUUGAUACGGGCUUUGCAAAAGGGUUUACAGUAUAUGGAACUGGAACAGCAUUACGCAACUACAACCGAUGAUACUGAAGCUACUCAAUGUACAUCUUCCUUCUCUUUAGUAGAACAGCACGUAUGUGCAAAGAAAAACGACGUAUCAAGUCCCAUGGAUGCAGAUCUGGACGCUACACAAUCUAUAAAACUGGAAAGUGAUGAACAACAUGUCGACUCGUCAGACACUACAAGGUUAGACAAAGACUUAUCGUAUCAAAAUGCUUUAAUUGAUGUUGCAGCAUUUCGCUGUUAUUCAUUCCUAUCUCUUCCUUCCGUAAAUGCGACUUUUACUUGCUCAGCAUGGGCUUACAAGGAUCCUUACAAGUUGUGUAUCGGUUCCUCUGAUUCACAACUUCGUGUAUUUGAUUUAUCGCCUACUCUAAAAGACAAGUCCGCUUAUGAUAUCGCUUUUCAAAUGAGCGUGUCUGAAACCGGUCAAGACAUAACCGGGUUACAUUGGAACCAUUGUGGAACUUUUCUCGCGUGUACCUAUUUCAUCGGUCUCGUUCAACUAUUUAACGAUGGCUUCUCCCUUAUCACAACUAUUCAAUGUCAGGAUGCUCCUAUUUUAAGUGCAUGCUGGAGUCCGACGGACACUUUCCUCCUUUUAGGUCUUGCAGAUGGAAGCUUUACUUUAUGGGACGCUUAUGCACGUUUAGUCAAACAUACCGUUCAGCAACCACAAAAUGCACCUAUACUUGAUUUAGCGUGGUUAAACGCCGAACACUUCGUAACUGUUGAUGCGAUUGGAAAUCUGACUUUGUACACAGUUGAAAAUGAAGCGCCGGUCUUUCAGAUUCCUUACGCUCAUUUGGGAUCAAUCUCAUCCGUUGAAUACUCGCCUUAUGCAAGUUUACUACUAACAGCAUCUGCCGAUGCAUCUAUAAAGUUAUGGUCAAUUGACGCAGAUUAUACGAUUAAAUUAAUUUCUUCAAUAAAGCUCCCAGCAUCUAUCGACUGCAUUCAAUGGAGUCCAUCUGAACCGUCACUGUUCGCCGUGUCUUCCUCAGGCAGUAUCUGCCUGUAUAACGCUUUUACAAGAAAUUUACUGUACCGGUUACGAAGAAAUCGGACAGCUAUUACGAAAAUGUCCUUCAGCCAUAAUGGUCGAUACUUGGCUAGUGGCGAUCUUCAUGGAAAUUUACAUAUAUGGAGAUAUAAAAACGCUUCUCUGGUGGGCGAAUAUAUUAGCACCGCUAUUGAUAAACCAAAUGCCACAGAGGAAGCAAGUGCAAUCCGGCAUUUGAAUUGGAACAGAACUGAUGAAAUCCUAGCGGCUGGUAAUAGCACAGACCUUAUUGUUCUGAGCAACAAUAUAAAAGGAGACGCAUUGAAAUACGAACACUAAUUAAGCUAAUGCGAUUAAUAUUAAGAGCGUAAACAUAACUACAUCUAUCAUUCAAAAACUGCAAGACCGUCUGAAAGAACAUUCUUAUAGAUGGUACCCUCUGCAUUUUUAGGUGUCGGAAUAUUUGCAUCGGUGUAUCGAAUGAUCUCUAUCAUCUUGCGACAUUCAUUGCGGUCGAGGUCGGAACGGUUGAUGAGUACGAGUUCCACGAGUUGUAUAGGAACAUCCCAGAAGAGAUUCUUCAGGUCUGUAUAGUAGUCAGCAACCGUAUUCGUGUCAGCAUCCAACAUUCCUAAGAGAAGACUUUGGAUUGAUACAAAUUCUUGCUUCAGUUCAUUAACGUCUGAAGCAUAAUCGGAAAACAUUUGUAGUGCGCACGAAACAUCGGCACGGAUGCGUUCGAUAGUUUCUGCACCGCGUAGCUUAAUGUUUUUGUUAAGAAGACAGCGAAUGUAGCACACAACAAAACCCUUGAUAGACUCUUUUGCCAAGCUUUCUGUAAGACCGGAAACCAAGUGUUCCUUACAAUCCGAAAGGUAAUCGCGAAAGGUAUUGACAACGAUCGGGAUAUUACUUGACUCAUACCAUGCAGUUUGGAAAACUAAAGAAAAUGCAUGUUUUGUAUCAGUGGCAAUGAGAGCAACGAUAGUACUUAGACACGAACCGGAUAGGUAAAUAUAACCAUCUUCCACGUUGGAAAGACGUUCAAGGAACUCACUUCUAAAAUUCUCAGGUAUAAGGUUGUGGUACUUUUUAAAUGUACUUUCCGUAAAGCCCGAUGACUUUAAGCUGUCAUUUGAAAGUGCAACGGCGUAUUCCGGUAAUCCUGGAACAACUGAAUGCGGAUUAUUCAUUUGCUUUGUCGUCUCAGCACGUAGUGUCUCCUUCCAUUUCUGUUGCAAAGUUAAAAGCAUGUCUAACGCGCCCAUCACAACCUUAAAAAAGACGGUUGCAUUUUCACAAGGUGACAGUAAUUUCAGCUGUUGAGAUAUCAUUUGAAAAAGAAUAAUUGUACCCGGGAGACUGUACUUAUGCUGGUUAUCACUCUGUGGUUCAUUCUGUCUUCUGGUGAACUCAUCCACGUCCUUGUCGAAAACCUUUUUGGCCCAUUCCUUGACCUUGUUAACAAGUACGGAUGAAACCUCAAGAGCAAGUUCACUUUCGUCACUAUCUUCUAGGGGUGGAUCCAGUUCUUCGAUGUAAACAUAAUGUGAAUCCCUUAAAUACUCCCUGUAUGCUACCUGGAAUUCAACAAGGUAAAGCAAAAUGACAACAGCCAUGUCACCGUUAAUGCACUUGUGCACAAACUCGUCCAAGAGGGUGUGGUAAGUAGACAACACAAACGAAAAUAAACGAUAUUCCGGUGGAGUAAGCUUCUCCAGUUGCUUCGCCAUAUCUAGAUCGGAAAUUACCCAUUCCAGGUUAAGAGAAGCAUCUGGUUCCUGCAACUGAUUCCAGCAAGUGUCGAACCGUUCUUGAAUACUGUUCUCAAUCUCCUCGAAGGCACGUUCACGAAAAUUUUUUAGUUCUCUUCUGCUUCCUUGAAAGUUCCAUAAGCUGGAAUCUGCACCCGCAUAUGUCGACUUUCGGACGUCGAUCAAGUUUCGAGCCUUCCGAUCAGCUGCCUCUUCUACCUCAAUAAUCUUAAAGGUACUAAUAAGAGUGCGUGUUUGUUCAUCACUGAGCAGCUCAAGAAAAUUCCUGCAGAAACUGAAGACAAGUCUGUCAAAAUUGUCCGAAAUAACAUUCAGCUUGCUGAAUAAUUGCUCAAGAGUCUCGUCCAGUUCAAUCGAGUUUUCUUUUGCAGCCUGCUGCAUUGCCUCGUCUCGAAAUGACUGUAAGCGGGUAAGAAUAAAAUGAGCUCGUAACAAAUUUGGCAUAUCAUCUCCUUGGUGAAUAUCUGACUGUAGCAUAUCUUCCACCAGGUCUGUUUCUUCUUGUAGUUUUUCUAGUUGUUCUAUCAUCUGCUUAGUUGCCGUACAGUUUCGGUACACUCGGGAUAUUUUGCUAAUAAGUGAAAACUCGUUCACCAUGGAUCCUGCAUUAUUACACAGGGAAACCAACUAGCUUGUUAAUACAAACUGUAUUCCCCG